GUCGAAGGGCAGUUGAGAACUAACUCAAUGGCGCCGUUGACACAAUCACAGAUUGCUGGCAUCCAUAAGGAGCUUUUACCAAUUCUUUCCAAUGAUGAAGCGAAAACCAGCUUUGGAGUGGGUGCUUACAAGGCCUUUCUCGGAGCGCACCCCGAAUACAUCCAAUAUUUCAGCAAACUUAAUGGGCUAACAAUAGAUAAUGUGUUUGAAUCUGAAGGAAUCAAGUACUACGGACGAACGUUGGUGGAUGAAAUCGUAAAAAUGCUCACUGCUGGAGCCGAUGACGAAAAACUCAAGCAAGUGCUCCACGAUAGUGGGAAAGCUCACACAGCAAGGAAUAUUGACAAUGCCACAUUUAUGAGCGGUCUUCCGGUCUUCGUCGACUACUUCAAUAAGUCUCUCACAGUCCCGGAGAACCAAACUGCAAUGGAAGCUUUCCUGAAUCACGUGUUUCCAAAUAUUUCAAAGGACCUUUAGAACCUGUGCCUUGGCCACGAUGUAGAACCGCACACUGGAAAUAAACAGA